AUGCGAUAUGCGCAACGGAGCUUCCAACCCACAGUACGGAGAUGCAUCUCGACGACAGCCGUGCGACGUGCAGAGGUUACAGAGGAAGAGAUACGGGAACCAUUCACAGCGGCCCCCGAAAUCGACUUGGAAGCGACGACGAAAGGCAGCGGCAAGAAGGGCGAAAAGAAGGGCGAAAAGAAGGACUCCCUACGAACACUGCGCGUCGUCCCAGCAUCGCCGUCCUACUUCAGCGCAAAGCCCACCUUCACCGACGACUUCCUCUCCCUCUCCGCUCUCCUGCGAAAAGUCGCUACACUACCUGUUAUACCGCCCGCAGAGGCACCCAAGGUGGCCUGGAAGACGAUCGAGCAGUAUCGCAUCAUGACCAACGAGCCGGUAAAGACGGCGCGGUAUCACAGGAUGCUGCAAAUACUGCGGAGACUCAACUGCAUUCACCCCGCGCUCAUGCCCGACGAGGUUGUGCAGGCGAUGCUGCGGUACAAGAAGCCCAACCAGCCCGGUGACAUUGUUCCGAAGCCUGGCGUGAUUGAUGAGCUUGGGCGUGCCAAGGGCGUUGGGCGGAGAAAAACGUCGUCUGCUGUGGCUUGGCUGGUAGAAGGCGAGGGUGAAGUGCUCGUCAACGGCAAGUCCCUCUCAGAGUUCUUCGGGCGGCUGCAUCACCGCGAGAGCGCUGUCUGGGCCCUCAAGGCUACUCAGCGUCUUGACAAGUACAACGUCUUUGCUCUGGUGCAGGGUGGUGGCCUGACUGGCCAGGCGGAAGCAAUGACUCUAGCUGUAGCGAAGUCAUUGCUGGUCCAUGAACCCGCGCUGAAGCCUGCGCUGCGACGAGCUGGAACCAUAACGCGCGACCCAAGGAAGGUGGAAAGGAAGAAGCCAGGUCACGUCAAGGCGCGAAAGAUGCCCACCUGGGUCAAGCGAUGA